GUUCAAUUGCAACCUUGCCGCGGUUCUAAAUUCCGCGGGGUCUAAUUUUAUCUCCCGCGCGGCUCUCCAAACUUCCCGUCGACCAUUUCAACACGAAAAUUCCCAUAGACCACCACAGCGUGUUUCCCUGAACAGAAAGGAUCAAAAAUAUGGCAGAAGAAAGCCAUCCAAGUCACCUCGCGCCCAGCGAACUGGGAACCAAGGACUACUGGGAAACCUUCUACGCGCGAACCCUCACACACAUCUCCACAAAACAAACCCCCCAACAAGAGACCACGAACGCGGACUCCGAUGCCGAAUCGAUCGACGACGACGACGACCCGGGCACAUCAUGGUUCUCCGAACACAACGCCCCCGAUAAAGUGCUCCAGUUCCUGGCCGCCGAGGACUUCCCGCUGGCACCGUGCAACAACACGGGGGCCAGCCACCCCAGCAUCCUGGACCUGGGCACGGGGAACGGGAGCAUGCUGGCUCUGUUGCGCAAGCGGGGCGGGUUCCGGGGCGUGAUGGUCGGAGUGGAUUAUUCGGCGCGGAGCGUGGAGUUGGCGCGCGAGUUGCAGAGGUUGAAGAUGCAUUCGGCUUAUUUGACGGAUGAUGAGGAUGAGGAGGAGGAGGGUGCUGGGGAUGGCCCGGAGAUUCGAUUUGAGGAGUGGGAUAUCUUGCAUUCGGCGGAGGAGGUGGCGGAGCAGGGGAAGUUGGAUUGGUUUCCGUAUGGGGAGGGCGGGUUUGAUAUUGUGCUUGAUAAGGGGACGUUUGACGCUGUUUCGCUGUCGGAGGAGGUGGUUGAGGGCGAUGCGGAUGCUUCAGUGGCCGGGAAGAAGGUGCAGAGGCGGGUUUGUGAGAUGUAUCCGGGGGUUGCGAGACGGUUGGUGAAGAAGGGUGGGUUUUUGGUGGUUACUAGCUGUAACUGGACUGAGGAGGAGUUGGUGAUGUGGUUUACCAGGGAGAAGGAGGAGGGCGAUCGGUUGGAGGUUUGGGGGCGUGUUGAGUAUCCCCGGUUUAGAUUUGGGGGCAAGGAGGGUCAGGGAGUUUGUACGGUGUGUUUUCAGAGGGUUUGAUCAUAUACCCAGUGGGUUUGUAGAUAGAUGGAGUUUGUUUUAUUCUUUUUGAUGUUCUAUCAGGCUGUAUAGUCGUCACGUUUCAUCAGUC